AUGACCUCCAAGGCGAAGUCGAAGGGCCCAACUCUUCCGCCGGACGAGGACGCCGAACCCAUCGAGGACGGAAACGAUGCCAUCGAUGCCAAGUGGUCCAUUGAAGAGAAGCAGCAGGUGGCGGCGCGCUUGCAGGAGUCGGGGACUCCCCUUGGACUUGCGGACGUCGCCUUCGAUGCACCGGCGAUGGUGCAGGACGCCUACGAUUCCUGCAUAGCCAAGAGCCCUGGCUUGCAGCUGAUGAUGGAUGCCAUCAUGCAAGCAGCGAGGAGGAUGGAGCAGGAAAGCUGGGAACGCUUUCGGGACAUCCCUCUGCUCAACGUGCAUCACGACGAUGCGGCCAUCCACAGCAACCUCUUCGCCCAGACAGAGCCCACUUGGCGUCCGCUGAUGCAGCGCCCGAAGAAGCGGCGACAGCCCUGUGUUUUUCUCCACAUCGGCACCCACACUCUGACGGAGCAGCUCAGCGACUUCUUGACAAAGCUCGGGUGGACGGGCGUCUGCGUGGGCCCCACGAAGCCACCCAAGGGCAAUGAGGAUCUCUUGACAUAUGUCAACAUCGACCCUGCCGACGCAGAGGACCAGAAGCGCAUGGACGAUCUUCUCAACGAUACUGGCGGCCUCGUUCCGAAGCCUCCAACCUUCCAACUGGCGUACGUCAACGUAGUCUUCAACUCGCGCGAGGAAAUGGACGUCCUCGACCCUCACGACGAAGACUACGAGGAGAAACUGCGAGUGAGGCAGGAGGAAGAGAAGAAUCGAGUGGAGGAGGUCCGCGUGCCUGGCGAGCGCCUUGAGAACGCCCCUUUGCCGCCUCCGCCGCCCAAUACCGCUUCAGGCUACGGCAUCGUGGGCCUCACGCGCAACGAGCGCGUGCGACGGCGUCUCCGAGCACUUCGCAACUGUCUGAAUGUUGCCUUGGGCAGACUCGCGAAGGAUGGAUCCUUGGUGGUCCUCUGGCCUGGGCUUCCGGUGCACCCAGUCCUCUUCUUCAUUGCAGGCACACUGCGGAAGCUCUUCCAGCGAGUUCACGUCUUCAGCCCGGAAGGUGCGAAGACCUGGGAUGUGUACAUUCUGGCCUCCGGCUUCGUCCGCGACCGUGCGGAUUCGAAGGUUCCGGGCAUAGGUGGCCUGGAGCUUCGAAGCUUCUUCGACAGUACCUGGAGGCUGGAUGCCUUGGAUGACGUUUUGCUGUGGACCUUGCCCCCGGAUCAGGAGGAUGAGGAGACCUCGGUGGGCAUCACAGGUAAGGGCAUCGUGGCUGCGUAUACACUGCUUUGGAAGACCUGGGCGGG